GUAUGCCACUGCAAGUGCACGCUCUGAUGGCAUGCUUUUGCUAUGUGGGGGGAGAGAUUCUUCUGGAAUGCCUCUAUCUGAUGCUUAUGGACUGCUUAUGCAUACAAAUGGUAAAUGGGAGUGGACCCUUGCUCCUGGUGUGUCACCAUCUCCAAGAUAUCAGCAUGCAGCAGUUUUUGUAGGGGCUCGAUUGCAUGUUACUGGUGGGGCUCUCAAGGGAGGACGAAAUGUUGAAGGUGAAGCUUCCAUUGCUGUUCUGGACACUGCUGCUGGGGUGUGGUUGGACAGAAAUGGAGUUGUCACAUCUACUCGGACUCAUAAGUCACCGACUGAUAAUGAUGGUUCCUUAGAACUUCUACGCAGGUGUCGGCAUGCAUUGGCCUCUGUUGGGACUCAAGUAUAUGUUUUUGGUGGUCUAAAGGGAGAUGUUCUACUUGAUGAUUUUCUGGUUGCUGAAAAUUCUACUUUUCAAUCUGAAGUCAGUUCCUCAAUGUCCAAUUCUGGUAGUGUCCCUUCUGUAAAUUACAAACCUAAUCAAAAUGUCAAUUUGGAUUCCCAGUUUGCUGAACAACCAUUGAAUAAGAAGCAAGAUUCAGCUUCCUCUGCCAGUGUGGAUCAGAAAUCAAUUGAAAUGCUCACUCAGGCUUCUGCUGCUGAAGCUGAAGCUGUGAGCGCUGUCUGGCGGGCUGCAAGGGAAAAUAUCUCAGAUGAUGGAGAUUCAGAGUUUCCUAUCAUUGAUGAAACGUCAGGUGAAGAUGAUCUCUCAGAUGUUCCCGACUCCCUUGAGCCAGGUGUACGGCUUCAUCCUCGAGCGGUGGUGGUUGCUAAAGAGACUGUCGGCAACCUAGGAGGGCUUGUAAGGCAGCUUUCACUGGAUCAGUUUGAGAAUGAGAGUAGAAGAAUGUACCCAACAAAUGUUGAACAAACUUAUCCAACAAAAAAGUUCUUGAACAGGCAGAAAUCUCCUGAAGGCUUGCAUAAGAAGGUUAUAUCACAUUUGCUCAGACCAAGAAAUUGGAAGCCUCCUGCUAAUAGAAGAUUUUUCCUUGAUUCCUAUGAAGUUGGUGAACUUUGUCAUGCCGCGGAACAGAUUUUUAGGCAGGAACCAACAGUUUUGCAACUAAAAGCUCCAGUUAAAGUAUUUGGUGAUCUUCAUGGUCAAUUUGGUGAUCUUAUGAGAUUAUUUGAUGAGUAUGGCUCUCCCUCAACCGCCGGAGACAUAACGUACAUAGACUAUCUAUUUUUGGGGGAUUAUGUGGACAGGGGUCAGCAUAGCUUGGAGACAAUAACUCUACUACUUGCUCUGAAAAUAGAGAAUCCAGAGAACAUUCACCUGAUCCGAGGAAACCACGAAGCAGCUGACAUCAAUGCCCUUUUUGGUUUUCGUCUUGAAUGCAUUGAGAGAAUGGGGGAAAGUGACGGGAUAUGGGCAUGGACACGCUUUAAUCAACUUUUCAACUACCUUCCACUUGCAGCUCUCAUAGAGAAGAAGAUUAUCUGUAUGCAUGGUGGUAUUGGGAGGUCCAUAAAUUCUGUUGACCAAAUAGAGAAGCUUGAAAGGCCUAUUAACAUGGAUGUUGGAUCUAUUGUCUUAAUGGAUCUUCUUUGGUCUGAUCCCACAGAGAACGAUAGCAUAGAGGGUUUGAGACCAAAUGCAAGAGGACCUGGGCUUGUCACAUUUGGGCCUGACCGUGUCACUGAGUUUUGCAAAAGAAACAAGUUACAACUCAUAAUAAGAGCUCAUGAAUGUGUCAUGGAUGGCUUUGAAAGGUUUGCCCAAGGGCAACUAAUCACCUUAUUUUCAGCAACUAAUUAUUGCGGGACUGCUAACAAUGCUGGGGCGAUACUUGUAGUUGGUAGAGGGUUGGUUAUUGUUCCAAAGCUGAUUCAUCCACUUCCGCCACCGCUUCAAUCGCCAGAGUCUUCUCCUGAGCAUGUCCUAGAGGACACGUGGAUGCAGGAACUUAACAUUCAGAGGCCACCGACUCCAACUCGAGGCCGACCCCAAUCAGCUAAUGACCGGAGUUCUCUGGCUUACAUUUAACUGCAGUUUGGUUGAAAUUUCUUCCGUAUCUAUUAACGUAUAUUGUGCAUUGUUACAGCGUACCAUCUGUACAUGAUCUGUAAGCCAUGAAGGUGAUCCCGUGUUUAUUUGUAUGACUUUGUUCCAAAUUCCACGAACAGGCUUUGGUGGAAUUUACAUCCCUUAAAUUAUAAAGCUUUGUGCAGGCGAUGGAGAUAUAAAAAUUGUCUCCAUGCCCUCCUGAUC